AUGGCUGGUGGCGGCGGUCCCUCCUCUGGCACAGUAGAGCCUCCUCUGAGCCAGGCCUACGGCUAUGGCAUCGUCGUGGGUCUUGGGUUUCUCUUCGCCCUGGGCAUGAUCUUUACUACAUACGUUUUGAAAAAGUACAACUAUGAGAAGCAAACUUCGGAAAUGUUCAACACGGCCGGGCGAACAGUCAAGUCCGGUCUCGUGGCUUCAGCUGUUGUUUCCAGUUGGACAUGGGCUGCUACUCUGCUCCAAUCAUCUGGUGUUGCGUACCGAUAUGGUGUUUCUGGACCUUUCUGGUAUGCUUCCGGAGCGACAGUUCAAAUCAUUCUCUUUGCGACAAUUGCCAUUGAGUUAAAGAGAAGAGCGCCAAAUGCGCAUACUUUCCUUGAGGUUAUUCGAGCUCGAUAUGGGCGCAUUACGCAUUGCGUGUAUAUCUGCUUUGGUCUCUUCACCAACAUUCUCGUUACUGCCAUGUUGCUCACUGGUGGCUCUGCUGUGGUUACAUCUCUUACUGGCAUGCACACCGCGGCUGCUUGUUUCCUAUUGCCUCUUGGUGUUGUCCUCUACACCAUGUUCGGAGGUAUUAAAGCCACCUUCUUGACAGACUAUGUUCACACAGUCAUCAUUCUCGUCAUCAUCCUUAUCUUUGCCCUCACUGCCUACGCAACCGGCACUGAGCUGGGAUCCCCCGGCGAAGUUUACGACGCUCUCACCAAGGCCGCAGCCACUCACCCCGUCGAAGGCAAUGCCGAGGGGUCAUACCUCACCAUGCGAUCUCGCGAGGGUAUCAUCUUCUUCGUCAUCAACAUCGUCGGCAACUUUGGUACCGUCUUCAUGGACAACGGUUAUUACAACAAGGCCAUUGCUGCUCACCCUGUCGCUGCGCUGCCCGGAUACAUCAUCGGAGGUCUCUCUUGGUUCGCCAUUCCUUGGCUCUGUGCGACUACCAUGGGUCUUAGUGCUCUUGCUCUUGAGACCAGCCCUUCUUUCCCUACGUAUCCUAACCGUAUGGACCCUGCUGAUGUUUCGGCUGGUCUUGUUCUUCCGUACGCUGCUGUUGGUCUGCUUGGAAAGUCUGGUGCUAUCUGCACUUUGAUCAUGAUCUUCAUGGCUGUUACCUCUGCUACUUCUGCUCAGCUCAUUGCUGUUUCUUCUAUCUUCACCUACGAUGUUUACCAGACCUACAUCAACCCUCGAGCCUCGGGCAGCCGACUUAUUGGUGUCUCCCACACCACCGUUGUCCUAUACGGUAUCAUCAUGGCCAGUUUCAGCGUUGGACUUCACUACGCUGGAAUUUCCAUGGGCUGGCUGUAUUUGUGGAUGGGUGUGAUGAUCUCUGCAGCCGUCAUCCCAGCUACUCUUACUCUUUUGUGGAAGCGCCAGAACUGGAUCGCUGCCGCACUCUCUCCCGUUCUUGGUCUUAUCUGCGCCCUCAUUGCCUGGUGUGUUACCUGCUCCAAGGAGUUCGAUGGUGUCCUCAGCGUGGACAACCUGGGUACCAACAACCCCAUGCUCGCAGGAAACGUCGUUGCCCUUUUGAGUCCCUUGAUCUUCGUGCCUGUCUUCACCUUCGGCUUCGGCUCUGAUAACUACGAUUGGGCCUCCAUGGCAGCUAUUAAGCAAGCUGAUGACGUCAGCGACUCUAAUUUUGAUUCCGAGGGAGCUGUCGUGACCAGCUUUGCUAUGGCGCCUGAGGAGGAUAUGGCAAAGCUUAACAAAGCAUCAAAGAUCGCCAAGACCAUGACUGUCUGUAUGACUAUUGCGUUCCUCAUUCUCUGGCCGAUGCCCAUGUACGGAACAUCCUAUGUCUUCUCCAAGCCCUUCUUCACCGGCUGGGUCGUCGUUGGUAUCAUCUGGCUGUUCUGCAGUUCUAUUGCCGUCGGUCUAUUCCCUCUCUGGGAAGGUAGAGCAUCUAUUGUUCGUGUCACUAAGGGUAUGUUUGGUAUGGGAAGUAAGGAUAUGACGGAAGAGAUUCAAGGAAAGGUUGUCAAAGAGGAGAAGAUUGAGGAAUUUGAUAAGCAGUAG